UUCGUCAUUCGCACGCAUACUUACUAUUGCCUGGAGAGAACGAAACGAAACACACAAAAGAAAAAUAAUAGUUUUCUACACGAAUUGACGCCCAUCCCAGACAAAAAAAAACUUAUUUAUUGUUAACUGUUACAUUUACAAAUCAGUUAGUUUUUGUUCGAAGUGAUUCCGUUAUGCAGACCAUCAAGUGUGUGGUUGUCGGAGAUGGCGCCGUGGGAAAGACGUGCCUGCUGAUAUCGUACACAACCAACAAAUUUCCAUCGGAGUAUGUGCCAACUGUAUUUGAUAAUUAUGCGGUGACAGUGAUGAUUGGCGGCGAGCCGUACACACUGGGAUUGUUCGACACGGCCGGUCAGGAGGAUUACGAUAGACUGCGUCCAUUGUCCUAUCCACAGACGGAUGUGUUCCUCGUGUGCUUCUCGGUGGUCAGUCCCAGUUCGUUUGAGAACGUCAAGGAGAAGUGGGUGCCCGAGAUAACGCACCAUUGUCAGAAGACGCCAUUUUUGCUGGUUGGCACACAGAUCGAUUUGCGCGAUGAGACAAGCACACUGGAGAAGCUGGCCAAGAAUAAGCAAAAGCCCAUCACAUCGGAGCAGGGAGAGAAGCUGGCCAAAGAGCUGAAGGCGGUCAAAUAUGUGGAGUGCUCGGCUCUCACACAGAAGGGCCUGAAAAAUGUUUUCGAUGAGGCCAUAUUGGCAGCACUGGAGCCGCCAGAGCCAUCCAAGAAGAGGAAAUGCAAAUUCCUUUAAUUUUGUGUGUGUGUCUAUAUUUUUUUUUUAUUUUUGUUGUUUUCUCGCUUGUGUCUCUACAAAACCCCACUUCGCCUUCCUUCUAAUCAAGCGCGUACCAUAUGUACAAAUGUACACGUAUAUAGGCAUAUGUAUAUGUAUGUAUGUUGAAAUUAAUUAAUGAACUAUAUCCUUUGCUAUCUACGCUAUCUCUCUCUCUUUCUCUUUCGCUCUUUCUCGCUUUAGCUGCCCCAGUCAAAAAGUCUCUCUCCAAUUCUAUAUCUAUAAAUCUUUCUCCCUCGCUCGCUUGUAGUUAAAAGGAGUCUUAAGUCAGCAAGUAGCGCCUUCAAUAUAUAUUUUUUUUUAACUUGUCCGAGCCCCGAAUUGAAUGAAGCGUGGAUCAAAAUCAAAACAAAAAUCCGAAGAAACACAGCCUUCUACUUUUAUUUAUUGGCGCAAUUUUUUAAUGAGUUA